CCAAGCCGGACAGACACUCUUCGUCCAGAGGCAACAAGCAACCCGUCGCCAUGGCAUUCAAGUUCGUCGCUUUCGCCGCCCUCGUGGCCGUGGCCCGUGCUGGAGUGAUCGCCCCCGCCGCCCCCCUGGGCUACGCCGCCCCCGCCCCCCUGGCCUACGCCGCCGCCCCCGCCGCCCCCGUCCUCGCCAAGGCGGCCGUCGCCGUCGACACCGACUACGACCCCAACCCCAGCUACAACUACGCCUACGACAUCCAGGACUCCCUGACCGGCGACGCCAAGAGCCAGCAGGAGUCCCGCCAGGGAGACGUCGUCCAGGGCUCCUACUCCCUGGUUGAGCCCGACGGCAGCCGUCGUACCGUCGAGUACACCGCCGACCCCGUCAACGGCUUCAACGCCGUCGUGCACAAGGACGCCCCCGCCGUCGCCGUCAAGGCCGUCGCCGCCCCCGUCGUCGCCAAGGUCGCCGCCCCCCUGGCCUACGCCGCCCCCGCUCCCCUCGCCUACUCCGCCCCCACCCUCAUCCACUAAGAUCCCUUGAUGUUCCUAUUUAUUUCGGCACUGUUCAAAAAUAAAUUAUUUUAAAAACAAAA